AAUUUUCGUGUGGGGUGGGCGUAACGGUAAUAACAGUCAAGUUAAUAAUGUUACUAAUACAAUGUAUGUAUUUGAAGCGGAUAAAUGGAAAAGCUAUGAUUUUGAUAAUGCACCGAAUCCAAGAGCAUCUUAUUCGGCUACAUUAUUGGAUGAUCGAAUCAUUUAUAUUGGAGGAAUUAGUAAAAAACCAUAUCCAUAUCCGGAUGUUAAUUUUUUAGAGGAGUUAUUGAUAUUUGAUACUAAAAAACUUGAAUGGAGUAUACAACCAUCCACAAGUGACAAGAAGAUAGCUAAUCGAGCUUUCCAUUCAGCAUUGCUUUGCUCGGAUUCCAUUUCUAUUAUUAUGUAUGGAGGUAUUUACGAGAUUUGGUACAUAGAGAAAGGUAAUUUCCAGCUUAACGAAACUCAAAUUCCCAAUUCUGACUCGGUGUGGAUAUUGAAUACCAAAACUUGGACGUGGUCCCAGCAAUCA